GGUGGUGCGCUAGGCGCGCGGCGCGCCCCGAUACAAUUCUUUUCUUCUCCGCCGAGAUUGCGUCCGCGCUUCCGCUUCCUCCAUAAAGUCCAGCACCUCCUCCUGCUGCCUGCCGUCCACGCGACGCUCCUCGGGCCCGUCGCCUUCCAUCGACCCGGAAAUCGACCCACCCUCUCUGACCCGAGCCGGAGAUAGUUGCGGCGGGGUUCCUUCUUUUCAGAAAGUUCCGAGCCCAAGACUCCAGGAGCCGCGCGGCGCGAGCGAGCGGAGAGGCCCUCGCUGCUGCUGCAGUCUGCAGGUGAUACUUUUAUAGUCUUUGCUACCUUCAAACAAUGGUUAAUAUGAGGGACAACGAAUCAUCAUAUGAAGCGCAAAUGGAGGAGCCAUUAGGGAGGGUGCGGAUACUUUCUUAUGGUUCUGGGCAUAUGCUUAAUGAUAUCACAUCGUCUUGUUGGUUUACCUACCUGCUUGUGUUCUUGACUGAAAUGGGACUUAGUCCACGCGAUGCUGCUGUUGUCAUGCUUUCUGGACAAUUGGCGGAUGGAUUCACAACAAUCUUUGUCGGGGAACUGAUGGACCGUUUUGGGCAUUUCAAACUGUGGCAUGCGGGAGGAUCUAUUUUAGUGGCAAUUUCCUUCUCAUCUGUUUUCGGUAGCUGUGUCCCUUGCAAACUUAUGGGGACUAAUUCAUCUACUUUGGAGACUGUUGGAUACAGCACAUUUGCCUCUAUCUUUAAUGUUGGUUGGGCAGUUACUCAAGUCGCUCACAUGUCAAUGGUGAACUGCAUGACAUCAAGUCCAACUAGCCGGGUUUCACUUGUAAGCUGUCGUAAUGCCUUCACAAUGGUUGCAAAUCUUAGCCUGUAUGGCAUUGCUUUGCUGAUAUUUACUCUAUUGCAUUCAGUGAGCGUAAUAGUUCAGUACCGGUGGAUUGCUUAUGUGUCCAUUUCCAUCGGAUCUUGUUUUGUUGUCAUCUUCUUAGUUGGAACUAAGGAGCCAGGGUCAAUUCAGCACCCUAUGGAUAAGAACCUUUCCAGAAUUUCAUGGGCCUACUGGUUCAAGAGAGUAUUAUACUACCAAGUUGCUCUUGUCUAUACUCUGACUAGAUUGGUGACCAAUGUCUCACAGGCAUUUCUUGCUUUUUAUGUGAUAUAUGAUUUAGAAAUGCCUCAGUCCUCCAAAGCAUUGGUUCCUGCUAUUAUUUACGUCUGCAGUUUGAUAGUAUCUGUAAUAUUACAGGAGACUAGAUGGUCAAGUUGGCGUCUCAAGCUUUACUUUUCAGCUGGAGCGGUGCUUUGGAUAUUGUCAGGUCUUGGAAUUGUUCUUCUACCAAGCAGAUUGAACAACGUCAUGUAUGCCAUUUCAAUCGUAAUAGGAGCUGCCAAUGCACUUAUGACAGUGACAAGUAUUAGCAUGGAAGGUGUUUUAGUAGGAGAAGAUCUAAACGGUUGUGCUUUUGUGUAUGGCUCAUUAAGUUUUGUUGACAAAAUUUCAUGUGGAAUAGCCCUAUAUAUACUCGAGUCCUAUCAAGGAAAUACCCAUAUCACACCAAAUGUAGGGACAGCAUUUGGCUAUUCAGUUACAAGACUUGGCUUGGGCUUAGUUCCAGCUGCCUGUUCACUGCUUUCAGCGAUAGUAGCUUAUACCAUGGACCUCCCUGAUACUCGGCGAAGACCUUUGGUGGAGCCCCUUCUAGCAUGAUUUUGCUGGUGGCACUGCUACAGUUUGACUGUCAACAUUUGGUCAUCAGUAAUAGACACAUGGUUACGCGAUGGAAUGACUCUAGUGCUGGAGCCUGAAGCUACUAAUGAUAUUGUAGGGCAAAGGAUGGAAGGAGCAAUCGGAUGCUUGGUCAAUUCAUUUCCACUUAUGUAUAUUCUGAAUAAAUUGAUUGUGAAUGUAUUCAGCGACGCGUUGAGUACGGAUUAGAAGUAGCAGCAAUAGGAACAGGAAGACUUCUUUUGAUCAUACUGAACUGUACAGAUCAUUCCACGAUCCAUUGUAAUGCAACUUAUCUUCAUUGUUCAGCAACUAAACUGCCACAUAGGCAUAUAUUGCUCAUUGCUGAGCGGAAAGAAUGUUUACUCUAGUUCUUGUUUUAUAGGACUGUAAUUUCGUUGUGAUCGCAGAAUAUACAAUGUACAUAUAACGGAUGAAACAAUGUCACCUAUGGUCAUGUAAAAUUAUUUCUGAUAUUCAGGAGGCAAGCUAUCAGUUCAUCAUUGAUA